AUGUUGUUCAUACAUAAUUACAUCCUGUUUAUUUUAUACAUAAUACCUUAUGUAUAUUGUAUUGGACGUGGUUUCUUCAAAUUAUCCUCCAAUUCAUAUAAUGAAUGGAACCCUUCAACACAAAAAUCUUCCUCUUCUUCUUCUUCAUCAUCAUCAUCAAUAGGAUCAUCAAUUUCCUUAUUAUCUUUACCAUAUUCAAGUGAUACAAAUUCAUAUGCAUAUUGGAAUUGUCAUACAAUUCCACCAAAUAUGACAUUACGUAAAAGUGUAGCAAUACAACAAGCUAAUGUAUGGAUUGCAUUAGUUAAUACAGAUUGUCAUCCAGAUAUUCAACGAUUUCUAUGUUCAUUAUAUGCACCAGUAUGUUUAAAAAGUCAUCAAGAAGCUAAAAUACCACCAUGUUGGGAAUUAUGUAAUCAAGUACGUAAUGCAUGUUUACCUAGAAUGAAAUUAUUUGGAUUUGAUUGGCCAGAUAUAGUACACUGUCAACAAUUUCCACGUUUAGCUGAAAGUAUGUGUAUACCACCACAAGAAAAAAGUACGGGUAAGUAA